CAAAUCUUAAAUGUACUGCAAAGCUUCAGAGAACAAAACAACUUUUUUGACUUCAAAAUACUUGUGAAAGAUGAAGUGAUCCCAUGUCACCGUUGCGUAUUGGCAGCAUGUAGUGACUUUUUCAGGAGGGUGAGCUGCAUUUCCAUUGAACCUUGGUUUGUGCCCACCUUAUGUUGUUGGAACUGCAACUCUCAUUGGCUUCUUGGUCAAGGGUGAUGGAAGUUAUAGCCCAACAGCAUCAGGUGGGCUCCACAUUGGCUAAUUGGAUGUACAGAAACAGAAAUCUUGUGGCAAUACAUCAUGCUCUUUUACUCACUCUGAGCUUUUAAGAAUUUAAAGAUUCUAAGCAAUCUGAAUCUGAGAGUGGAUGUAGGUAUUAAAAGGAAAAAAAAACAAAUCCAAACAUUCUAGUGGACUUGCCUUAGGUAAGCCUUUAAGAGUAGUUUGGAUCCUAUUUUAUGAACUGAUAUAAUUUGUGUUUUAAGAUAUACACUCAUCAUACCUUGAGUGGAAUGAUGCCUGAAUUUAUCAUGCCGAACUAUUUAAAAGUAAUGAAAACCUCAUAGAAAAACCCUGCUUCUUCUUAAAUGUGUUUUUUACUGCAUUAGUUUUGCAUUUAUUCACUCCACAAAUAAUUUACCUAAAAUGUCCAAAAGAUGUUUAUUGAAAAUAGUUCCCUUCACCUUAAGCUGUGUGGUUUUGGUUCUACAUUAUAUUCAGAUGGAACAGAUAUCAGUGAUGAUUUAUUGUGUUGUUCAUCUUCUGUAUUUUAACUGCAGGGCCAUGUUUGAAGUUAACAUGAAAGAAAGAGAUGAUGGGAGUGUUACUAUUAGUAAUUUAUCACCCAAGGCAGUGAAGGCAUUUCUUGAUUAUGCCUACACUGGAAGAACUGAGAUAACAAACGAUAACGUAGAAAUGUUAUUUCAGCUUUCAUCCUUUCUUCAAGUUUCCGCUCUUUCAAAAGCUUGCAGUGACUUUCUAAUUAAGAACAUUGAUCUUGUCAACUGUUUGCAGCUAUUAUCCAUUUCCGAAAGUUAUGGGUCCACUCAGUUGUUUGACCAUACCCUCGAAUAUGCCCAGCACCAUUUUUCCUUGCUGCUCCAGUCAAAUGAUUUUCUGGAAAUGAAUUUCGAGAUACUGCUAAAAUGUAUAGAAGCAGAUGAGCUCAAUGUCCCAGAUGAGGAAUCUGUGUUGAAAGCUGCCUUUUGGUGGACGAAACAUAACUUAGAAACAAGACAGAAGCAUCUUCCCCACUUGAUGAAAAAAAUACGGUUACAUCAGUUAUCCGAGGAGAAGCUGCAGGAAGUAUUGCACUCUGAAGGACAACUACUUGAAAGCACUGGUUGCUUAGUAAUAAUCAAUGAGGCAAUUAAAAGUGUGCAGACUUUUAGCGGUUUGUUUCCAGAUGCUCGCCCUUCAACAACAGAACAGUACAUACUUGUUCACAAAACUGAGGAAGACGGAGUACAUCGACAUACAUUUUGUUACAAUAUUAAAACCGAUCAAUGGAAAGAACUGAUGCACACACACAUAACAGAUCUGCCAGGAUCAAGUUUAUCUAGUUAUGGUGAAAAGCUCUUUAUAACUGGCGGGUGUGUAGGGAACUGUUUCCGGACAAUUAGACUUCAUAUUGCCGAAACGUAUCAUGAUGCUACCGACCAAACUUGGUGUUAUUGUCCGGUGAAGAACAGCUUCUCAUCGGUAUCAGCCAUGAGGAAGCCAAGGACAAUGCAUGCGUCUGUUGUGACCCUAAACCAACUGUUUGUAAUAGGGGGGAAGACAAGGGCAUCUAAGGAUAUCAAAAGUCUUUUGGAUGUGGAGGCAUACAGUCCUCUCUCUGGGGAGUGGAAAUCUGUGAGUCCCUUACCAAGAGGCAUCUACUAUCCAGAAGCAAGUGCAUGUCAGAAUAUAAUUUAUGUGCUUGGUUCUGAAGUAGAAAUUACUGAUGCCUUUAACCCAUCUCUUGAUUGUUUCUUUAAAUAUGAUGCCGCAACUGAUCAGUGGUCUGAGCUGGUAGCAGAAUUUGGGCAGUUCUUUCACGCCACCUUAAUCAAAGCCGUUCCAGUGAACUGCACAUUGUACAUCUGUGACCUUUCCACCUACAAGGUUUAUAGUUUUUGCCCAGAGACAUAUGUCUGGAAAGGGGAAGGGUCUUUUGAAUGUGCUGGUUUUAAUGCAGGAGCAGUUGGGAUAGAAGAUAAAAUUUACAUCCUCGGUGGGGAUUAUGCUCCUGAUGAAAUCACUGACGAAGUACAAGUCUAUCAUAGCAGUAGGUCUGAAUGGGAGGAGGUUUCACCCAUGCCAAGAGCCCUAACUGAGUUCUAUUGUCAGGUGAUUAAGUUUAAUAAAUAUAGGGACCCAUGGUUGUUUGCAAUAGCAGUGUAGUUCAAUAUAUCAGUUAUAAGAAACUGCGCAGGUUUUACAGUUUUGUUUGCUUUUCAUUUGACAAAAACCCCCAUAUAUUAGAGGCCCAAGCUGCUAACAUGGUUUGCAGCCACUUUUUAUUUUAAUAAGGAGCAGGGCUUGAUUGAAUGUUUGAAUAUAUUCAAACACCUCUUUUUAAAUUUCGGUAGCAAUCCCCCAGCCAAAGGAUUGACCACAACUAGAAUCAGAAGCAUUGUGAACCCAAGAGUAAUGUAGAUGAAGUGAGGAUUUUUUUCCCCUUUCCCCCAGUCAACACUACAAAAUGUUGAAAAACAAUUUAUGGUAUGAUUUGGGGUCAACUGGUCAAAGAAAAAAAUGUCAAAAAUUGCAUUGAGCCUAAGUAGCAGUUUACAUCCUGGCCCAAGUUUUCAGAUUAAUGCACUUUUAGGGCCAAAGUAAGAGUAACCAGGAUCGAUAUUUUGCUACUACUUUUGACAAUCAUAGUUUUGCCAGUAGAAAAAAAUGGAGCCAAAAGCUGAAGUUUUCCAUAAUAUGUAGUAAAGUAAAAUAGGCUGAAUUUAGUUGAUAUCUGGAUGUUAGCUUAACUAUUGAACUCAAUGGGAUGGGCUUCUGAGUAAAAAUGUGUAGGCUUGCUGUAAGUUACUGAAUUCUGGAUUUUUUUAAAGCUUAAUUUAGCAUUUUUCUCUUAUUAGAUAUUAAAUAAAAUGUCAACUAUUUUGAUAGGAACAUUGCACAUAAUAAUUUUCACAAACAACUUUUAUUAGCUUGGGCUGCAAUACUCUGUUCACCUGGGAGCAUGUUCAUUGAACUCAUAGGACUUACUUUUGAGUAGGCUAAGAACUGUACUCACUGAUAGACUAAAAUGGCUUGUGUAAAGAUAGUAGUAGUUUGUGGAUUCAGUUGAGUAUUCAAUACCUCAAGUGGUGUAGCUUGUUGAUGUUACUAAUAGGUCCUAAGUUGGUUUGCCAUUUCAGUGCUGCUGGCUGUGCUUUUCUCUUUAUGAUAGCCAUAGAUAACAGACACAGCCAAAGAAAGUACCAUACCUUAAUGCUUAUGCUUGUGGUAGCAAGUGUACAGCAAAGUUUUUUAUUUCCUUUGUCCAUAACAAUAUAGGAAUGUUUUUCUUAUGCUUAUUGCAUCAGCUUAUAUCUCAAGUCAGCCUGAUGUAAAAUCAUAGAGGGGUUAUAAUAGAUCAGUGUAAUUGUACAUGUUGCCUUUUAGGUGGUAUAUGCACAGCCUGAAGAAUUAGUAACAUAUAAUGUACCAUCCAUGUUCACAAUCCUUUACAUAGUAGAAGAGUACUGCUCCCUGCUCACAAGAGCUUUCAGUCUAACAUUUAAGAACAUAAGGGCCAGCUAGAUCAGACCAAAGACCCAUUUAAUCCAGUAUCUUGUUCUCAUAGUCAGAUGCCUAUGAGAAGCAAAUGAACACAACAACACUCAUCCCACAAGCACUGUGAGUGGCAGCCAGUGAUAGCCUGUCUAAUUCACUUUUAAAACCAUCCAAGUUUACGGUCAUCACUACAUCUUGGGGUAGCAAAUUCCAUAGUUUAACAAUGCACUGUGUGAGAAGUAAUUCCAUUUGAUGAAGAGGAUCUUGCAAAGGAGAAAGGAUGUAAUUUUAAUUGAACUAGUAUCUACUUUCUAAAGUUAUCAUCCUAAACGUACCGUACUUAAGUGGAAAGAAAUUCUAUUGAAAGCAAGCAACUUCUGUGUAAGCAAGAAGUACGGUAUACCACGUGAAUUCAUUAGGAAGGAAGUAAUGUCUAGUUUCAUUAUUUUCUGAGUCACAAUGGUGAUAAACUGCAAAUAACCUUAAAUGAAUUAGGACACUUCAGAGUAUGCACUUUCAACUUGCUAAGCUAUAUUUAAAUACAGGAUGAACUUUAAUAGGCAGUAUCAUCAAACAUAAACCCUGUGAACUUUUACGAAUGUCAUUUAAAGAUGCUUCACACAGGGACUUAAAAGUAGUGUAUAGAAUUUAGAGUUGUCAGUAAUAUACACUAGAAACAAGAAUGUUACUUCAGAUAGGUUUCUUUGAUCUCAGUCAUAUUUUAAUAAGUUUAGUAAAUGCUUAUCAACAUUAGACUAAUACCUGAGUAAUCAGUUCCAAUUUCUGCCACUGCUAUGCUUCUGCUGCACCCACCCCACCCCAGGAGAGGCAAGGGCCUAUCUAGUAAAAGAACUUUUUUUUUGUCAAAGGCAUGAGGAUACACUAUAAAUGGCCUCGGUCCAGUAUACCUGAAGGAGCGUCUCCACCCCCAUUGUUCUGCCCAGACACUGAGGUCCAGUACCGAGGGCCUUCUGGGAGUUCCCUCAUUGCGAGAAGCCAAGUUGCAGGGAACCAGGCAGAGGGCCUUCUCGGUAGUGGCGCCCGCCCUGUGGAAUGCCCUCCCAUCAGAUGUCAAAGAGAAAAACAGAUUUUUAGAAGACAUCUGAAGGCAGUCCUGUUUAGGGAGGCUUUUAAUGUUUAAUCGUUUAUUUUAUUUUUUCUGUUGGAAGCCGCCCAGAGUGGCUGGGGAAACCCAGCCAGAUGGGCGGGGUAUAAAUAAUAAAUUAUUAUUAUUAUUAUUAUUAUUAUUAUUUAUUAGGAAUUUGGUGAAUCCAUUAUUCAGCAGGGAAUGGGAGGUGGAAUAUGAAUCUGGACAGGACUUUUAAACACUUUAUUGAUACAUCCUUCACUAUUAGGUCACAACUAGGAGCUGACACUCAUACAUUCCCCUGAACUGCUUUUUCAAGUCACUGUUAUCCCUUGUUUCCCUUGUCUCGGUGGAGCUAUUGAAACCACUCAAUAUUUCAAAUUAUGGAAUUCCAGAAGUGUGAAUUUCCAUGGGGUUCUCAUAUUCUUUUCUCUGCUUUUCAUUCUUUUUUCCACUUGUGCUCAUGCCUUCCUGUUAUCCUACAGAGGCGAAUUUGAACACUAUAGGUCCGGGGCUUUCAUUAAUUUUAACGCAGCAAGGAUGUUUACAGAACCUGAAGGUUUUCCCACUGAGAUGGGCAGUUACACUUCUCUGAACGUAUAUAGACUUGAAAAAUACAUUGUGAGUUCUCACUCUUUGGUAAGGUUAGCACAUGAUUACUUCAAAUAACCUUUUCUCAAAAAAUGUACCGUAUGAAGGAAAAUUCAGUUGUAUUAGUACUUCAUACUAUAAAAAGGUAAAGGUAAAGGACCCCUGACAGUUAAGUCCAGUUGCAAACGACUCUCGGGUUGCUUUACUGGCCGAGGGAGCCGCCGUUUGUCCACAGACAGUUUUUCCGGGUGAUGUAGCCAGCAUGACUAAGCCGUUUCUGGCGAACCACAGCAGCGCACGGAAACACUGUUUACCUUCCCGCCGGAGCAGUAUCUAUUUAUCUACUUGCACUUUGACAUGCUUUCAAACUGCUAGGUGGGCAGGAGCUGGGACCAAGCAACAGGAGCUCGUCCCGUUGCGGGGAUUCGAACCGCCGACCUUCUGAUCAGCAAAUCCGAGGCUCAGUGGUUUAGACCACAGUGCCACCCAUUAUGAGCCCAUUUCUAUAAGGCAAACUAAUUAGGUGGUGAUUUCAAUAUAAUGAACUCAGAAAGGAAUACAUUAUGCAAAACAGUUGCAUGAUUGAACAUCAGUUCCUUAUAUAUCAUUAUAUAUGUCUUAUAUAUAAUUGUGGUAGUUAUGCCUAUUAUUAACAGGUUUCAUUCCCAGAAAAUUCUAAAAUCUCCCUGUAAAUCAGCUUUCCCCAACUUGAUUGCCUCCAUAUCUUUUUGGACUACAACUCACAUCUUCCCUGAUCAUUGCCCCAUGCUGACUAGGGAUGAUGGGAGUUUGGAUCCCAAAAUCUCUGGAGGACACCAGAUUGGGAAAGGUGGCCAAAAUUUCUAUUUAUUUAAAAUUAAGUUUCAUUUCCUGUGUAAAUUUACUUGGGAGUAAGUACAAUUGAAUUCAGUGAUAUUUACUCCAGAGUGAACUUGUUAAGGAUUCUACUGCACAGCUUGUAUUUUUGAGGCAGUAUCUUUCAUGACUGUUUGGAUCCUAAUUUUACAUUUCCUCAUUCUUCCUUAAAUUGUAAUUGGGUUGAUGAUCUGUAUAAAGCUGAUUAAGGGCAUGCCAGUUGCACAUACCUUCUUCUGUCAUCCAUCAAAUGUACUUACAACACAUUAGAUAUAAGAGGAUAUAGCUGGUUUUCUAAGGCUGCAUUUCUAUGCAUGCUCAGUGGGGCCUAACUCCUGAGUAAACAUUUUGUGAGAUGUGUUUGUUUAACAUCUUGCAAAAACUGAACCACAAAACACAAACCAGAAGCCAAAAUAUUAAUUGUACAAAUGCACUUUUAAGGAGUAAAUAUUAUCUAGUAGUCUUACCUGAUAGUGGCUGGGAUCCAAAGAGGUAUUUUAGACAUGCCCAAGAACCUGGACAAGUCUAGUGGUAUUUUUUACAGUAUUUCCCUCCAACCUUUGCAGAUCAAGAUCUUCAUGACAUAUCAAACUGCUUUAGAAAGUCCCCUCCACUCAAGUUUCAAAAGUAAUUUCCUGUACGGCAUGGGGCGAUGUAUUGUUCAAGAAACAAAGUCACUAGGGUAUGCUGGACAUGAGAAACUAGUGUUGCAGUUCUUCGGAUCCCAGCCUACAUUAUAAUGUAGAAAGGAGUUGCAUGCCAAUGUAUAUGAACUUAUUUGCACUAAGAAUGUAACCACACCAAAAGAGUUCUAUUAUUCUGGAUUGUAUUAUCAGUAAAGGUAAAAUAUGGCAUGACCUAUUGAACAUUUAAUAUAUGUAAUUUCUUCCUGUGGUUAGUUAAUUGAUUGAACUAUUUGCUAACUGGUCACUAGUUCAAUAGAUAUUAUUUUGCAAUUAUCACAAAUGUCAGUGUCAAAAUGUAAUGCAUUGUUUCUAUACAUUGUGUUUUUUAUUUUUACUUUUACACUUCUCUGCCAAGUCCACUGGAGCAAUCUUCGGUGCGAGAUGCCACCUAUGACCAAGUCUACUACCUAUAAAGGUAUUGGAAUAAGAACAGUCAAUCUAGUUCUCCUUGCUGUAAAAAUGUUAAUGGAAACUUUAGUAUUACCCUGAGGGAAAGGGUUAGAUAAGGCAGAAAAAAUGAUGAUUGCUAAAUAACUGACAUUCAAAGUAAGAGAUUUUGCUGUAGCACAUAGUACGGGAAAGAGCACAUCUACACAAAGUGGUUUGAAUCAUGUUCUAUUAUUAUAGUUUUCCUCAAAGCACCCUAGCAAUUGUAAUCUAUCCCCCACACCCGGGGGGGGGGACUAAAAAACUUUAGUCUCUUCGAAGACCCAGGGCUCAGUGGAGUGCUGUCCUACACAAAAUUAUUGGACUCUGGGCGCAUUCCAGCUCCCCAUCUACAGUCCUUUGGAGGUGGGAAUGUAAUCUCCCUCGUGACACCUGAUGAGGGGUCCUCCUGUCAGCCCUCCCCCUCAAUUUGGGACAUGUAUUAUCACCCUCAAGAUGAAGGCUGAGGAUACGUCCCUUCCAGCUAGCUCACCUGCUGCAACUUUGCCUGUUGCUCCUCCUCGAAACACUGCUGAUCAGUGGUAGAGAAUGACCACCACACCUGAGAGUUGAACACUACACGUUGCUAAGCUUUCCUCCCUGCUCCCAGAGUACUAGCGGCUACCUCUUUCUGCUGCUGCUCUGAGUCAUCUACAUCUGAGGUACUUUUAUUCCACCCAGUUUUUGAGGUUAGGUGAAGGUAUGAGGGUGAGGGUGUUUCUAGGGUCCAGAGCAAAAUUGUUGAACUUCCUGCAAUUUCCUGCUGCCACAUUGGAUUCUGCUCCUCCUCUUGGAGCUUCCUACUGGAUCAUCUGAAUAACAGUAGCCUUCACUUUUUGCCAGAGGAAAUGGCCCCACAGGUGUCACUUUAGCUUCAUUACUCUCUGGGGGAUCCUGGGCACCUGCCAUUUUGAGGAAGGGAGGUGGGGGGCAAGGCUUUAUUUUGACACAGGAGUGUUCUUGGCUCUUGAAAAUAUUGGUGGAUCUUAGGCCGAUCCCUCCACAGCCCAGUGCACUGGUUCAGGAACAGUAACUUGAGUUCCAGUUGCUUUUAUUAUAUACAGCAGAGCAAAACCAAAAGCAAAGUAUUUACAGGUUACCAUACACAGCUCUCUCAUCUAACACACACUGUAUCUCCAGACUCUACAAACUCCCCAACAGCAACCUUGCAGUAUCAUGCUGCUUAUCAGGGAACUUUCAUCCAAUCACAGCCUGUUGCUGGGCAAACUUUAGUCAGGUAGCCCAGCCAAUUUGGCUGCUUGCCAGCUUUCUAACUGCUUCUGCAAAGCUGCCUUACUUUCUCAGAUUUUAACAGAAAAGUCAUUUCAUGUCCAUUUGACUGUAAUUAUCCCCAAAAUCCCUGAAGGAAGUGACGUCCCUGGUUAGCAGUUGAUAUGCAGAAGGAAAUCUUAUUUGUAACUGCUACAAACCACUUGAAGUGACAGAAAUAUGUCUGUACCUGUGUGAGUGCUGGAAUGUUCAUAAAUCUGCAUAAUAAAAACUGAGCAGUUGAACUACAGUAGUAUGUUAAACUUCUGCUCUAUCUCACAAUGAAGAACCAUCUCCAUAUACCUAAAUUUAGCAUUUCCCUUACAAUGAAGAAUGAAUGCUGCAGAGAUUUCCUUUUGAAUAAAUGAUUAAGCUCUUGUUUUAACACUUACUUGAAAGUUCAGUUGUAAUCAAAACUUUCAAUAAAAUGUAUUUGGGAUUGGGGUGUAAAAAUCUAAGGUGAGAAAUAGUUAUGAUCAAUGUUCAAAAGAAUAAUACAAGCUCUGGAAGUCAUAGAAAUGUUGCCCGAUGGCAUUCCCACUACUUAGCCCCAAAUGGAGUGUGAAAAAUCUACCGCUACAUUAAAACCCUAGGAAAGCUAUAGAACCAUCAAAACAAGUAUAAAGUCUAAAAACUUCCUAUUUAACUCCCAGGACCAGUAUAAGGAAACUUUGACAGCCACUGCCACUAUCUCUGGCCUGCACUGAGUCAAGCAAGUGAUGGUGUUGAUCACUUAUAAAAAGCUUUUCAUAGAAAGGCCCCAAAGUGCUUUCCAACCAUUGGGAUACUGUUAAAAUCAGAUUCAAACACUUGCCUGCCUCCUCCCUCUGAGGGGGUGGGUCUACCAACCCCUUGCUUGCCUUCUCUUUGCACAAGGUUGCUGUCAGGGUAAGGAGGGCUGGGCCAGAAUGAAAUAGAGGAAAUUUUACAGAAAAUUCUCCACUUUUUUCAUCCUCCCUCUUUCUGGUGCUCUUUCUGGAGGAUGUGACUUGCAGAACCCUGGGCCUGCUGCUACUGCCUUGCCCACAGUAAGGGUGGGGGACCUAUGGCCUCCAAGAUGAUGUUGUCUUCCCAGCUCCCAGCCAGCAUAGCCAAUGCAGAGACAUCGGAAAGCUGCCAAGUCAGAUCUUUGGCCCACAUUGGUCAAGCACUGUCAGCAGCUCUCCAGAGUUUCAGGAAGAGAUCCCUCCAGGCUCUACCUGGGAUUGAACUUGGGA